AUGGCUGAAGUUGAAUCUUUUAGCUGCGUCAGGGGAGGAUCGGAGUUUGGAAAUGUUAUUGACUUAUUGGGAGGAGCAAAUCGCGGGAUCCUCAAAAACAGAAGGGGAAAAAGAGAGGGGGAAAAUGGGACACGGAUCCACUUCGCUAGCCUUUGGUGUUUUGGAACAGCGCAGCAGCAGCCCGGCGGGAGCAGCGCCGCCGCGGCACAGCAGGAAGGCGGCGGCAGCGCGGGGAGCCCCUACUUCCUGGACGAGGAGGCGCUGUUCGAGACGCCGCAGUACCUGCGCAACAUGGCCGCGGGGAUGAUGAUGAGCCCCCCGAGGUUCGGCCACAACUCGUCGGACGACUCGCCGGACCACCCGUCGUCGUCAGAUGCCGGGGACAGCCUCUGGAGCUACCGUGAUCCGUAG